AUAAAGUGCACUUGACAAAGUUCAAAGCAUUGAAUGUACGAGUCGCAGUGAGAACCCAGAAUCAGGUCAAAAAUCGAGUCGCGACCCCGCAUUCCACAACCAAAUGUCUACCCCACCUUCCCACGCCCGCCCCUCCCACACAAUCCUCACACCCCGCCUCAUCCUCCGCUCCGCCUCCCCCAACGAUGCCCGCCCAUUCUCUCUAAUUCGCUCUAACCCACUCAACAAUCCCUUUGGCGGCGUUGUGAACGCUACACUCCCCGAAUCCGAGCAACGACGUCGGCUCGCAGCUCAAGCGGAAACCACUGCUGCAGGGAAGAAUGCAUGGAUGAACAUCAUCUUGAGACCGUCAGAGGAGCGUCCGCCAGAGGCAGAAGUGUUGAGAGUUGAAGAUGGUAUUCUGACUGGAAUGAGUGGAUUCAACUCGUUUCUACUGGAUGAAGACGGGGAUUUGGUAGGAGAUACUGGGGCGCUGAUUGAUUAUCGAUUUGCGAGGAAAGGACUGGCUGUUGAGGCGCUGGAGGCUAUCUUUGAGUAUGGGUUCAAUGAGUUAGGCUGUGGGAAGAUGUCUUUGGAGACGAACGCGACGAAUGAGCCGUUCCGAGCUCUUAUGGGCGGAAUGACGUUAGGUGACAUUGAGAGACCGGGGACAGGUGGAGAAGAUGGAGAAGAUAGUGUUUUGUAUAUCUUCGGGCGAGAAAAGUGGGAAGAGACGAGAAAGAACUUGAAAGAAAAGGGCAAGUGGUAUCUUUAAUGGAAGCAACACGCAGUUGCGUGGGUAUCAUUCUAUCUAGAUCUAUCCGAGUACUAUUCUGAAGACAGCUCUUCCUCUGCUUGAUUCGCAUUUACUGCAAGGCAAAUUCAAACUGGCCAUCACGACACUUCUGGUGUCACCAACCGGCAGGAUAACGCUCAGGUCUUUCCAAAUAGGAACGAACUUGUUUUCGGUAU